UAAUCUGUGGGUCAAAUAAAUAUUUGAUUUUAAUCUUUGGUGAUAUGUGUUUUUGCAAAUUUGCAACAGAGCGGCUUUGUUUAUUUGUUAGGUGCUUGUUAGUGUUAAAUUGUUAAAACCCGGCAUUAUAAUUUAAUAUAAAACGUAAAACAACAUGAUCAAAAUAUCAGCUUUAAACGAUGAUUCCGUGGAAGAAAGCGAUUCAGAGGUCGAGGUAUCGCGAGAAGCAUUGGAACAAAUCGCCUUGCAACAGUAUGCCAAAGCCUUAGAAUUACAACGGAGAGGGAGUAUUACUGAAGCCAGUCAGUUACUGAGAGAUCUUUUGGACACAGAGUUGUUGUAUGACGUUAAGAAACCAGGGCCAGGUGAGAAGGCGUCCGGGCCGUUGUUUAAUUUGAAGUAUCUGUGCUUUAAAAACUUGGCGUCUAUUCUGACGACGGCAGGUGAUAUUGAAGGCGCGAUUGAAGCUUAUAACUCUGCCGCCGAGCUCGAUGACACUGAUAUUACACUCUGGCACCGUUUGGGUACUGUCUGUUUGCGAGUUAAAAACUAUGAAACUGCUCUCUAUGCGUUUCAAAGAGGGGUCGAACGUAACCCUCGUCACUGGCCGUGUCUUGAUAAGUUGAUUACAGUUUUACUCGGCCUAAACUAUAAAGAACAGUGCUUAGCCGCUAUUCAUGAUGCAUUACAACUUGAUCCUGAUUACUUGAGGGGCUUAGUGUACAGAAAACAUAUUUAUGAAGUAUAUAAACAUAUGAAAGAGUAUAUGGAGAACAUAAAUCCAAUUUACAAAUGGAAUGAAAGUGAUGAUGAAUCAAUUGAUGAGGAAAAGGCUAAGGAACUCCUCAAGGAAGCUGAAAUAAUCAAUGAAACAUACAUAGAACAACAGAGAGCAGAAACAUCAAAAUAUUGUGUCCCAAAUCUCAAAUUAAAGAAACCUAUAUUACAAAUGUCUUGGCAAUCUGUUGGUGAAUCAUUGGUACACAUGCAUAAUUACAUUACUGAGCACUGCUACAGCCAUGCAUGCUUUAUAGAAAUCACAUGUGAAAAUGGGCAUGAAGAAGAAAAGAUGGAAGUAUGUGAGGAGCAGCAAGAGUCAGAUGACAAUAAAGCAGAGGAAAAUGGUACAGACAAUGAAAAGGUUACAGAAACUGGCUCAGAAAAUGAGAAUAAUGAUUUGUCUGACAAAGACAAAGCAACAGACAGUGAAAAAGUUGAAAGUAUAGAGAUAACAACAUCAGAGCCUACAACAGAGAAUGUUCCCGAAAAUAAAACACAGAAAAAGGCACCGGUGAGGCGAAGAGGGAACCCUAUUAAUAACUUGAAGCAAUGGGGGUGGUGUGGUGGAAAGUCUGUAAGGAAAAAAACAGUAGAUGAAGACAAUAUAUAUGAAACCUUGAGAAGAAUGGUGCCCAUGGGAUUGGUUUUAGAAGUGGCACAAAAGAAAGAAAUGAGAGCAAAAGAAAGUUCUCCUGAAAUAUCAAAUUUAGAGAAACUAUUUGUAGAAAAAGAAACGCCUGAUGAUGCAGCAGCAUAUUUUGGAACAGAUUGUGAACAGAAAGAUGUGAAAUCGUUUAUUGAUAAAUAUACAGAGAACAGGAGGGAUAUGAUUGAUUUGUUAAAAGACUAUCUGAACAUAUUAGCUGGGAAAUGGAAAACUAGAUGGCCUGAAGGACUUGCAAAAGUAUUUGUUGAUGCCAACAAAUGCUACGGCAAUCAUAUUGACAUUCCUGCAUGCAAUGAUGAUAAUAAACAAGAUUUACUACAUUACACCUCUGUUAAUAUGUUGGCUGAAGAAUUCACAGUCAAUGAAAAAAUUAACUUAAGUUUAGAAGAGAAAGCAAGACAUGAAUUGAAUGUGAUUGAAUCAAUAGAAAUUAUUCUGACUUUAAAACCCCACAUAUACUCAAGCACUCAUUGCUUAGAGAUGAUUCUAAGGUCUCUCUGGCUUAGAUUACACAUUUAUAUUUUAAAUAGAUGUGAGGAACUAGCUUUGGACUGUGCAUAUCAGCUUGUAAGUGAAUUUGAUGCUAUGGGAGAAUUCCGUGAUACAUACAGUUUGAACUUGUGCAAUUUCACAUUUAAGACUGAUAUAAAUGAAAAAGAAAUUUUAGAAUACAUAAAAUUUUUGGAGAGAAACAAAAAAUUGGCCACAGUUAUGAAUUUGUUCAGGCGAGGCAAUUAUGAAGAAGUUUUAAAUAUUCUCAUUGAAUCUUUUGAACAUUGUAAAACGAUUGCCAGAAAAAAAGAAGAAGAUAUGCCUUUAGAUUUCUGUGUACAACUUUCUCUUAUAUUGGAUGCAUACUGGAUCCUAGAUAAAGUUGACUGUUGUUUCAAGUGGUCAUUAAUAUGUUUACAUGAGGCCCUGAAACAUUAUUUCCGGCUCACAUCAGGUUCUGCUGAUUAUGAGAAGUGGAAUCUCACUGUAAUAAAAAUAUUAAGUUGUAUGGAACAUAUUGUUAGAACAGAAGGAUUGUCGUGUUUGGAGACAGUUACACAAAACGAAUUGGGGCAGGGGAUUGAGGAUCUGAUUCGUAUAAUAGGCCACCAAGUAGAGUCAAAUGCAACAGAGAUGCCAUUCAAUACUGUAGCACCUUGGAUUAUUAUUCACUUCAUUUUGCAGAGAGAGGAAGAUCAAGGCAGAAGCAGGUCAUUGACAGAUAUUGAUAAGAUUGCAUGUGAUGAAGUGCCCAAUCCAUUGAUGGUGUUGUUUAUAGCACAUGAACAGUUGGGGUCUCGGGGCUGGUGUUGUAAGUCUGAUUCAAAUCUUCUAUACUUCAUACUUGAUACAGUAGUGCCCCGGCUCCAAUCGCCAUCUCUUUCAAAAGCAUUGGAACAAAUCAACCAAUACAUGGAACAGUGUGUUUUUUGCCUCUAUGGACAUCCAGGGAAGAAAAAUAAACUUAAAUACCUUGUGGAUCACAAUGUCACACCUCAGGCCUUAGAUUGGAAAAGAGCUCAACAGAUAUAUGAAAUCUUUAGACCAUUAGACUUGCCCCCACUAGAGGGUAAAGUGUCUGGAAUUUCUUCUGAUGAAGAAGCUUUAUUUCUCAACAUUUUAUCACUUCUGCCAGCAGAUUGUGACCCCUCAAAAUAUGUACCAGAGAUGGAGAAAUAUAUAAAAGGCAUAGAAAAUAAACUGCCAGCAGUUCCACCAUUAUUACCAUAUAAAAUGAAGGAUAUUUACUUUUUACUGGGUGAUUAUUAUUUUAAAAAGAAUGACACAAAGUUAGCUAUUAAAUAUAAUACAUUAGAUGUGGUAAUAAACAAUGAUAGAUUUAAAUCUUGGGCUCAAAUUUCCUUGGCUAAAGCCUGUAAUUUGGAAAACUCAUUAAAAUCUUACAGAAAUAUUAAUAACGAAAAGGAUUUCCUUAAUCCUGCCAAAACAGCUAUAAGAUGUUUCAAGCGUUCACUAGAGUUGGAUCCUUCGUAUAGGUACAUGUGGAUAGAAUUUGGCAAUUUUGUAUAUUGCGUUCAUUCAUUUUGUUCGAGGCUUUUGAAACAAGCUACAGAAUCAAUUGGUUUUAGAGAAUUCAGUGCAUAUGAAAAGCAAAAAGAAGAUCUUUUAAAUUUAACUUAUAAAUGUUUUAUCACACUAAGAGAUGAUCUCAACAGUAGCUGUGACACUGACAAAUGUAAUGAGGAAUCCUGGUUAUUGUAUUACAUGUUGGGAAAAGUAGCUGAGAAACGAAAUAAACCACCUUCUGUUUAUCUAAACUUUUAUUUACAAGGAAUCAAAAAUUUACAAGAAGCUGGGGCUACAUAUCCUUCCAAAAUAAACUACAAUUCACCAUCACAUCUCUCUAUAGAAGUACUUGAACUACACUACAGAAUUCAUGCCACAAUUCUGAAAUAUAUUGAACAACAUGAGAAUAAAUUAAUUCCAGCAUCAGUUGGAAAAGUUUUUUUGAAUUGCAUCGAAGAGUGGGAGCAAAGCCCAUAUAAGAGAAAAAAUAAGAAAGACAAUGUCCACUUUAUAGAAAACGAAAUGAAAUCAGAAGACACGCCGGCAGUUCAUGCAGCUAAUAUCCUUAAGCGAUCUAUUAGUGACGCUGGGGAGGAGGAUAACCGUGAAGCAAAGAGACUCAAGAUGGAAUCUGCCGCUGCUAAAGUAAGACGAUCGGCGUCCUACGACACUGAACGACUUGGGAAUAAAGAACCCCAGAAACAAACAGAAGUUCAAGUAAGUGAAAUCAAUGAAGUUGUCACUACUGCUACAAAAGAAAAUCAAGAGUCUGGCGCUAGUAAAGAAUCGCAUUUCAAGUCUGUUAAAGAACACACAGAAAAAGAGGUCGACAAUGUGCCGCAAGCAAAUAAUACAGUUGAAGUAGAUAAAAAACAAGAUAGUUCUAGCUCAUCUUCUUCAUCAUCAUCAGAUUCAAAUUCGAGUGAGUCGUCGUCAUCUAGCAGUACUGAAACUAGUAAAGAUACUAAUGAAUCGAGCAAGUCUUCCCAAGAUAACAAAUCCUUGAGUGAUGAAGAAAUAAAAAAAAUUGUUUCAGCGUGUCUUGAUGCGCUCGAGGAUUGCGCGAGUCGAUAUACACCGCAUUAUAAAGCCCUUUAUAGACUCGCGCAUUAUCACUUUUACUAUAAAAAAGGAAAGGAUAUUGAACGAUGCAGAGACCUCAUGUUAUCUACCUUUACUUCAAGAUCUGGCAAAAAAAUGACUGGCCUAUUUAGUGAAAGAAAAUCUUCCAACUUCUUUAACAAUAUUUGGUUAUUGCGUUCAGAAGAAGUAGAAAGGCCGGGAGGUUUCGCAUUCCACAUGAAUCGCUGCGUCUUACUCACGCUAGAAAUAUUAAAGGAAAUAGAUGACCACAUAACUUUACUAGAUUUGAGCUUGCAUCUACAAAGGGAACCGGAUCUCGAGAAAAAGUACUUGAAGGAUUCUGAUAGAGAGGAAUUGGCCCUGCAAGCGUUUUCGUUAUGUGUACAAUCUCUUAAAGGGCAACUGCAAAAGUUCAGUCAACAAGCCGACAUCAAGAGUAACAACGUCGAGAGAGAAGCUUUAAAAUGUCUUAUGAUAGACAUUCACAAAGCUUAUCAGAAAGUGACAAAACAGCCAAAUAUAAAACCGCCAAACUCGAAACAACUCGUAAACUUACUUGUAGAUGCUUAUAAAUUAGUAAACAGGAAACCAAUAACAGAGAAUAUGAACCUGGUUGAUCUCAGUCUGAAAUAUGUUUCUAAUUUUAGAAAUGCGGCCCAAGCGAGUUUGCAGAAAAAACAAACCACCAAAGCUACUGUAGCAGAACCAGCCAAGACGGCCACUGUUACGACGUCACAACCCAAGGCAGACCCCAAACCGCCGAGCAUUCCACCCUCUCCCGGACUGCCCAAGAUGUCUUCGCACGAAAUGUCAACAUCAUUUCAAAAUUACGUCCCGUUGCUCAAUGAUCCUGUGCUCUCACAACUAUCCUUGUCUUAUAUUAACGCCCUGGCCGCUUAUCCGAUGCAGAACAGUUUACAAUCCAGCUUUCAAACUACACUACAAAAUUCCUUCCAAGCGGAAUUCUACAGACAGUUCAUGGGUCAAAACUUUUCUUCAUAUUUGCAGCCGCCUAAAAAACAGAAGCGCGGUCCAAAACAGCCGUCCACUACUCGAGGUGUGACACAAAUGAAAAAUGUUACAUCCAAAUCUUACACUGGAUCGUCUACGUCUAUAACGAAAACUACAUCGACUUCUACAACGAAAACUACAUCAACGCCCGUAACGAAAGUCACGCCAUCAGUCACUAAACCUACACCCACACCAGUAACAAAAGCAUCGACAUCUAUAACGAAAGCUGUACCGACGUCGAUAACGAAAGCUGGGUCAACUUCUAUGAUCAAAGCAGCGCAAACAUCUGUUAUAACCAGUCUCCAAAAAUCUAGUUCAGCGUCGUUAGUACCCAGUAUGGGGACAGUGUUGUCGACUUUGCCGGCGUCCAUGAUUUCGAAUUUGUCUUCCUUUGGCACGACUUCUUCGCACAUCACAUCCAAUAGUAGCCAAAACAAGGCACCAAACGCACAUAUGACGAGUUCAUCUACCAACACUGCUGUGCACGCCAAGCCUCCGAUCCCACAUCAGCAAGUCAGUCCUGGAAAGACGUUGCAAGAGAAAUUAGCUGAGCGACAGAAGAGUAUUCCUUCUGCGCCGAAGGACAUUAACGCGUCUAUAAGUAGAUUACCUUCCUCGUUGACUAUAACCAAAACGUCUGCACCCAAACAGCCAUUGGUCCACGGCAAGAGAUCUGAACCGAAAAAACUGGCAUUCGAGGAAGUGAGAACUUUGCCCAUAAUAUCUGCUGAUGAAGUCAUAGUUUUAGACGAUGAUUAGAAGACAAUAUUUCAAAAAUUCAAUAAGAAAUCAAAUAAUUGGCAUUCAUUCAUAAAUCAAUGUAGGAAAUGUUUUGUGAUUAGAAGUCUGUAAAAGUAUUUAUUAGUGUGCUGGCGCAGCCAUUUUAUUUAUUUGAUUUUAUAUAGAUAUAAUAAAUUAUAGUGAUUAUAAUUAUUAGAAUGUGUAAGAAAUUGAUGUUGAUUUAUUAUUAAAUCUUUUUAAUAAUGUAAACUUGUAUAAUGUGAAAAGGGAAAUCCCGAAAUAAAACAAUAUAUUCAAAAUAAA